CACACGCUUGUUUUUGUUUAUCCCUGGCCUCUCGGCCCGUCACGUGCUCGGUGUGUUGCAUUGUGUUUUCAGUGGGAGGGGGGAGCUGCCUGGGGCCGCGAUCAAUGUUGUGACUUCCUCCUUGCGCGGUAGCAGCGCUGGAACCCAGCUGAAGGAAGCCGAUUGCUGCUAGUUUCAAAUUGGCUGGGAAGGUGCAAUACACACACACACACACACACACACCCUGGGUGCCGUGUCCCUUCUCUUUGAGAGGGGGGGAAGAUGAGCUCGGGGGACGUUGUGUGCACUGGAUGGCUCAUUAAAUCGCCCCCCGAAAAGAAACUGAAGCGAUAUGCAUGGCGGAAGCGCUGGUUUGUGCUCCGCAGGGGCCGCAUGAGCGGGAACCCGGACGUUCUGGAGUAUUACAGAAACAACCAUUCCAAAAAACCCAUUCGGAUCAUAGACCUUAAUGAGUGUGAAGUAUUGAAGCAUUCAGGGCCCAACUUCAUCAAGAAAGAGUUCCAGAAUAACUUUGUCUUCAUUGUGAAAACCACCUAUCGCUCCUUUUACUUGGUGGCCAAAACAGAGGAGGAAAUGCAGAUAUGGGUGCACAACAUCAGUCAGAUCUGUAACUUCGGACACUUAGAAGAUGGCACAGAUUCUGUGGAGAGCCUGUCUCACACCACCUCAUCCCUCCAGCCCUCACCAGCCAUCUCCAUCCAUACCUCAAGGAUCACAGACCCCUCCUCCUCUGUAGGCAGUGCCACCACAGAUGCCUCCACUGCUGAAGAGACCAGGAGCGAGUCGGAGUCUGUCUUCCUCCCCGAUUACCUCUUCCUAUCAAACUGCAAAACAGGGAAGCUCAAUCAUACCAGAUGUGACAGCUGGUCCAAUUCCGACAGAUCCCUGGAGCAGACUUCAUCAGAUGAUGUUUUUGUUGAUGCCUUGCAGUCUCAGCCCUCCCUUCAUGCACUGUCAUCCAGCAACGGCAUCAUGCACCAAGAUGGAGGCCAGCCAGCAAAUCAUGGGAUUCUGCCCAGAAGCAUAGAUGUUAACGGGCCAUUCAGUGAUGUCUCCUCCUCCUCUCCGCUGUUAGGGCCUCCUUUAACACCGACCUUCCAGAUUGAGAAAAACCAAACCACACUGCCCUAUGGUGUAACCAACCUGGAUAUUUUGUCUAACACGCCACCGCCCCGGCCACCCAAACCAACCCAUUUCUCAGACCGGAGGGGGGAGGAGCCACCCAAUGUGGCUUUUCAGAAUGGACAUGCUGGGAUCUGCAGAGCUCAGGCUGCCUUGGUGCCGAGACGAAUCUCCUUGUCCAGUUUGGAUAACGUGCGUCACUGGAAAGCAGACAUGGAAGGAAGCUCUCUAAGAAGUCGAGAUAAGAGGCUUAGUUUGAAUUUGCCGUGUCGGUUCACCCCACUCUACUCUUCAGCAUCAGACAGCACAGAGGACAGUUAUGUUCCCAUGCGCCCUAGCACCUCGCCACCCAUCCCAGGACCUGAUUGCUCACCCGACGGCUACACUCCCAUGAGCCCAAGCUCAGUGACCUUCACCUUUCCUGUAGUCAACAAUGAAAAGCUCUCCAGCCCCCUGCCGGAGCUUCCCACAGACCUGGAACCACCCCCAGUGAAUCGAGAUCUCAAGCCCCGUAGGAAAUCACGACCUCCUCCGCUGGAUCUGAGAAAUCUCUCCACAAUCCGGGAACACGCUACCUUGACCAGGAUGUGGACUGUGCCUUACAAUCGAACAAGCUUUAUCUCUCCAGAAAGAGACGGUAUUAAUUCAGCAAGAAUAUUUGCCAAUUUAGUUUCCGGAGAAGAGGAAGAAAGUUACAUUCAAAUGGAAGACAAGCAGGCAACAUCUCCAUGUGGUGGUGCUUUCCCAUGGUCAAGGAAGUCCAACCUUGAUUACUUAUCAUUGGAUUUUAAUUCUGCUUCCCCAUCCCCUGUACAGAAGGUAAGAAUCAUUUAUGCAAAUCCCACCAUUUAUUACUAUGUCCAAGUAGAUGAACAGAAGACUCAGGCCCUACAGAACACUAAACAGGAAUGGACAGAUGUGAGGCAAUCUAAGGUUUAAAGGAGGAAGAUUUGGGGUUUCAUUUUUUUGCACUGGAACAACAUUCUUAACCAAGCAGCUGUAACAGCAGAAUUCAGAGGAAGACAAUGUAAGAUCCUGGUGGUCUCUGAAGGAAAAACCUUCAAGUUCAGCUGGAAAGAAUAUGUUGAAUGAGUGGUUUGUAGAUUAUGAAAGUAACACAUUAAUCUUCUUUGCCACCCCUUGCAAGCAAGUUACAUGGUACAGUUUUUUGGCCUGAUUGCAGCAACCACACAUUUAAUUGUAACAAAUGCCACUACAUGUUGCAUUGAUCAUUUAACCCCAUCUUAUCUUCCCUGUAUUGUGUAACUUCUUGUUGCUACGGCUGUUUUUUGAUAUUCUACAAAUACUGCAGGUGCUAAGGCUGUUUAUAGCUUCUGGUAUCAGAAAGGUGUUGGUGACUAAUUGACUAAGGGCUAAAAUACUGAAAAACAAAAAGAACAUUUUAAUAUAUAUAUUGUGCUUAAGAAACAGAAUUUUGGAGCAUAUUUCCCCCCAGAUAUAAUAUCCGAGUUGAGUGACACUGUUAGACACUAUAAAUAGGUCUUUGCACCGAUGGAAUUGGAAUGCGUAGCAGUCAACACCCUGACUGACGUUCAUCAUAUUGAAUUUCCUCUUUCUGUUGUGGUUCACAUCAUCGUCUUCCCCGUCCAAUUGCUCCUGAUGUUUUCUCCCUCCAGUGAGGACUUUCUUCAGCACAACACAGCAGCUCCUGUGACAGGAAGCUGCAGACACACAGUUCUUGGAUGGCCAAAAAAUAAAAAAGGAAGCUGUGCGCGCCUGUUUCUACAAGUCUUGGAAAGGCUGGCAAAACAUCAAGAAUGUUUUUGUCUGAACUGCAAAAGAAGAAUUGCAAUUGAAAUUUCUGGUGGUGAUGAUCGGACUAAGAGUUUUGUUAGCCUCAUCCUAGCAAAUGUGUCAGGCAAUCAGGUAAUAAUGAUGGAAGGAGCAUUGGUAGGCAUGCAACUCUGCCUGUGUACAACAGCCAUUUAAUACACUUCAGUGAUGUGAAGACAUGUAUUCAGGAAACUUCUCUACUUGGGUAUUUGUUAUGGGGACAAUCUCAGGAUCAGAUAAGUGUGCGUUUUAUAAUGUAUUUAACUUUAUCAGUUUGCUUAAAAUCCUUAGUUCAAAUGUGUAUGAGCCAUGAAAUCAAGAAAGUCUGCCACCUAUCAGUUACCCCAUUGGGUUUAGUCUAUAACUCAUGCUAGAGAACCCACUGGGUUUCCCAGAACCACUCUUGUGAGUGAGGACUUCAGUAAUAGGAGUUUUACGGAGGAUUUCCCUUCGUGCUGGAUCCAAAUACAUAUUCCUCCUCAUAUCUGCUGAUACCACACUAUGUUACUGUAAAUUAUUGACAGCCCAAAAAUGCUGAAUUACCAAACUGGGAGUAGAAAAAAUGUUGUUUAUAGCAAAGAAAUGUCUCUGCUAGCCUUUCAAGCUUCUCUGGUGCAUUUCAUGCAAACCCCCUUUUGUGUUAUCGUCACACAAUUGAGCCCAUUGGAAGUUUGAAAGCCAUGACUACCUGAUUCUCACUGCAUUGCUAGAAGAGGGCAGUUUAGCUGAUGGAAACAUCAUUUUCUCCUACCUCAAGAGAGCUGAAGUAUUUGCCGUUCUUGCUGCUUCAUCAGUGGAAAACCCAUUGGUGAGCCUGCAAAGAAAGUUGGCUUGGUUUUGCCAGUGAGAAGGAUGGGGGUGAUCUGUGCAUUUAUUGGAUUGGAGGAAAAUCACAUCCCCCAGUUUGCAGGCAAAAAGUGUCAUGGAUUAGAGCAGUGGUUCCCAACGCGGUGCCUGCAGGUGCCAUGGCACCUGCCGGGGUAUUUAUGUGCGCCCGCCAAA